AUGGGGUCUAUCAAUAAAGACACAAUACAAACACAGCUGGAACACAUGCAAUUGAAGUACGUUGGUACAGGUCACCCCGACAUUUCUAAAUACGAAUGGAUUUGCAAUCAACAACGCGAUUCGUACGCAUCUUACAUAGGUCACCACUCACUACUCUCUUAUAUUGCUGUUGCUGAGAAUCAAAGCGUUUGCCGAACGAGGUAUAAUUUUCUCGAACGUAUGUGUGACCCAUGCGGACGUCCUCCACCAGAGCGUGUAGGGAUGGAAGUGACGCUUCAAGAGAUGAACGACACCUUCAAAUGA